GGACUCCUGACUCCUGGUUUAAACUAUGUGUAUAAUCUAUGCUCCUGGUGGUUUUACUAUGUUUUACCCUAAAACGCUUUAAAACUUUCGUCGUUUAAAUUUUAACUGUGUGCUUACCUAAAAUAAAAUGAAUUCAUUAACAAAAGCAGCACCCAUGACUAAGGAUGAGACGAAGCUUCUGCUACAGCUUGUGGCGGUGAAUGAAAUUAUAAAUAAUAAGACAACAAAUGCCAUAAAUAAUGAACUGAAAAAAAAGGCUUGGCAAAACUUGGCAAAUGACUUUAAUUCGUCGAUCGCAACCGUCCCCCGAACUGCAGCGCAGCUUCGUCUCAAAUGGGAAAACUUGAAGAAGUCUGCUCGCAAACACUGUGCCAACACGAGAAACGGCCUUAUUAAGACUGGACGUGAUGAGGAUUGCUUUCCGCCAGAUGGAAUAUUGGACAAAGUAGCUUCACUUUUGGGCAUCGGCAUCACACGUCAAGGUCGUCGAAGUACCAGCUCAAAUUUGUUAUUACAGUGUAACCGCUUACCUGCAGCUAAGCGGAAACACAAGAUGCGGGAAGAGCUUUGCAAAGCUCGCAUAUAUAGAGACAAUGCCUUAGCAGAGUACCUUAAAGCAAAAAAAAAGAAGCUUGAUUUGGAAAACAAUGAGAAGGAGAUUUUAAUCGCAAAACUUAAGUUGGAAAUAGAGAAUGCUAGGUUAGAAAAUUUAAUAUUAAGAGGGGAUUCCAAAUAAAUAACUAAGAAAU